CCUUGCAGAACCCAGCGGGUGCCGCGUCUCUACCCCGGCCUCCAUCACUUCUUACCGCCAUGUUCCAGGCUGCAGGAGCCGCCCAGACCACCCCCUCUCAUGUAGGUGAUCUCACGGGUGGGAGGACACCCCGGGCACGUGUCUGGCCUGGGGAUGAAGGGGAAGCCAAAGGCGGUGGUGGCCCCAGCACUGUUCAGCGCUCCAAGUCCUUCAGCCUUCGGGCCCAGGUGAAAGAGACCUGUGCUGCCUGCCAAAAGACCGUGUACCCCAUGGAGCGGCUGGUGGCAGACAAGGUCAUUUUCCACAACUCUUGCUUCUGCUGCAAGCACUGUCACACCAAGCUGAGCCUGGGCAGUUAUGCUGCGCUGCACGGGGAGUUUUACUGCAAACCCCACUUUCAGCAGCUGUUUAAGAGCAAAGGCAACUACGAUGAGGGCUUCGGCCGGAAGCAGCACAAGGAGCUCUGGGCCCACAAGGAGGUGGAUUCCAGCACCAAGACAGCCUGAGGCCCUCUGACCAUCCAUUCCCUCUGUAGAGGGCCUGGAGCAGGACAGUGUGAAGUGUGGGAGAUUGGACUUGGGCUCACAUGGGGAGGCAGGGUGGGAAGGGGAUGAGGCCAUCUUGCUCAGGCAGAGGGUUAUGGGGGCAGGGCUCUGCUCCAGGAUUUCUUCCUUUUCCCUCAGUGCGUGGUGGGGAUUUGGGAACCAGGAUGGGGGGGUUGCUCACCACCUUGCUUCCUGCUUCUUUCACCCUGCCCCACCUCACCCCCUGGCUCCCUGGGAGGCCCCCAAGCCCAGCUUCCUUAUCUAGGUGCCUUUUCUCCAGCAAGGAGUCAGCAUGCCCCCCUCAGGGUCCUAAGCUCCCUCACUGCCACCUGGGGCCCUGUGUGGCCCCCACUCCCCAUCUACCUCUGCCCUUAGCCUGGUUCUGAGCCAUGGAGACUGGAAGAAGGAGAGCCAGAGUGCCUCCUGUUGGGCCUCACAGAAUGCCCACCAGGGCUCAGUGGGGGAGGGGAGGGGAAGUGGAGCUGCCCUGUGCCUCCCUGCAAGGCAAGGUGGGGCGGCCCUAUACCCCAAUGGGGCUUGGGACCAUCUCGCACCACCGGCAUCAAGAAGCAGAAGCUAAAGCACCUGCCAGGCUGAAAGCCACAGAGACUGGCAGGGAUCUGGCAGCGGCCAUACUCCCUCUUCUGUUUCUGCUGAUUCUGACUGUUGUGAUCAACCCUGUUUUAAACAUGUUUUAACAGAUCCUGA